AUGUCUGGGUCAACGAAAGUAUUGGAUCCUGCCUUUCAAGGAGCUGGACAGAAACCAGGAACUGAAAUAUGGAGAAUCGAGAAUUUUGAGGCUGUUCCAGUGCCAAAGUCUGAUCAUGGGAAGUUCUAUAUGGGAGACACUUACAUUGUCUUGCAGACCACACAGAACAAAGGAGGUGCUUAUCUGUUUGAUAUUCAUUUCUGGAUUGGGAAAGACACUAGUCAGGAUGAAGCUGGAACAGCAGCUGUUAAGACAGUUGAACUCGACGCAGUUCUUGGAGGCCGAGCUGUCCAACACCGGGAAAUCCAGGGUCAUGAGUCUGACAAAUUCUUGUCUUACUUCAAGCCAUGUAUUAUACCCUUAGAAGGUGGUGUUGCUUCUGGCUUCAAAACACCUGAAGAAGAGGUGUUCGAAACACGGUUGUAUACCUGCAAAGGAAAACGUGCAGUCCAUUUGAAGCAGGUUCCUUUUGCCCGCUCAUCGCUGAAUCACGAUGAUGUGUUUAUCUUGGACACCAAGGAAAAGAUAUAUCAGUUCAACGGUGCGAAUUCAAACAUUCAGGAGAGAGCCAAAGCUUUGGAAGUCGUUCAGUAUUUGAAAGACAAGUAUCAUGAAGGAACUUGCGAUGUUGCCAUUGUUGAUGAUGGAAAGUUAGAUACAGAAUCAGAUUCUGGUGAGUUUUGGGUCCUCUUUGGUGGUUUUGCUCCAAUAGGAAGGAAAGUUGCCAAUGAUGAUGAUAUUAUCCCUGAGUCAACUCCACCUAAGCUUUACAGCAUCAUUGAUGGUCAGAUGGAGCCUAUAGACGGUGAUCUAACCAAGUCUAUGCUGGAAAACACUAAAUGUUACCUCCUGGACUGUGGUGCUGAGGUUUUUAUUUGGGUUGGCCGAGUAACUCAAGUGGAUGAGAGGAAAGCUGCUAGUCAAUCUGCUGAGGAAUAUCUUGCUAGUGAAAACAGGCCAAAGGCGACACGAGUCACCCGUGUUAUCCAAGGCUACGAGUCUCACUCUUUCAAGUCUAACUUUGAUUCUUGGCCUUCAGGCUCAGCCGCUCCUAGUAAUGAAGAAGGACGAGGAAAAGUCGCUGCUUUACUGAAGCAACAAGGUGUUGGACUUAAGGGCAUUGCGAAAAGUGCACCAGUGAAUGAGGAUAUUCCACCUCUGCUUGAAGCUGGUGGAAAGUUGGAGGUUUGGUAUGUUAAUGGCAAAGUCAAGACUCCGUUGCCUAAAGAAGAUAUUGGCAAGCUCUAUUCUGGAGACUGCUAUUUGGUCCUUUACACGUAUCAUUCUGGUGAUAGGAAAGACGAAUUUUUCUUGUGUUGCUGGUUUGGAAAGAACAGCAUUAAGGAGGACCAAGAAACAGCACUUAGACUGGCGAAUACAAUGUCAAACUCGUUGAAGGGAAGACCUGUGCAGGGCCGUAUAUACGAGGGCAAAGAGCCUCCACAGUUUGUUGCUCUGUUCCAGCCUAUGAUUAUCCUAAAGGGUGGUUUGAGCUCUGGGUACAAGAACAGCGUGGAAGAGAAAGGUUCAGCAGAUGAAACCUACACACCAGACUCAAUUGCACUGAUUCAAAUAUCUGGAACUGGAGUUCACAAUCAUAAGGCACUUCAAGUUGAACCGGUGGCAACAUCUUUAAACUCUUAUGAAUGCUUCCUACUGCAAUCUGGUACUUCCAUGUUCCUUUGGCAUGGAAAUCAAAGUGCGCAUGAACUGUUGGAACUAUCUGCUAAAGUUGCUGAGUUCUUGAAGCCUGGGAUGACUCUAAAGCAUGCCAAAGAAGGAACAGAGAGCUCAACCUUUUGGUUUGCUCUUGGAGGAAAGCAGAGCUUCACCAGCAAGAAGGCAGCAGCUGAGACUGUCAGAGAUCCUCACUUAUACUCAUUUUCCAUCAACAGAGAGAUUUACAACUUCGCUCAAGAUGACCUCUUGACUGAGGAUAUAUAUUUGCUUGACACUCAUGCUGAAGUUUUUGUCUGGGUUGGUCAAUGUGUGGACCCCAAGGAAAAGCAAACUGUGUUUGAGAUUGGCCAAAAAUACGUUGAACGUGCUGGGUCCUUGGAAGGCUUGUCUCCUAAAGUUCCACUAUACAAAGUCACCGAAGGGAACGAACCAUGCUUCUUCACCACUUACUUUUCUUGGGACUCCACUAAAUCCAUUGAUAAGUCUAGCGGUGGGAACCAAGGACUAAGGCAAAGGGCUGAAGCACUAGCUGCCUUAAAUUCUGCAUUUAACUCUUCUGGUAGCAGACCAGCCUAUUCGAGCCAGGACAGAUCAAGUGGAAGUCAAGAGGGUCCAAGACAAAGAGCUGAAGCAUUAGCUGCAUUGACAUCCGCGUUCAGUUCUUCUUCAUCAUCAACUAAAUCUCCUCCACCACCUAGGCCAGCAGGAACGAGCCAGGCAUCACAGAGAGCAGCAGCAGUGGCUGCUCUCUCACAGGUUCUCGUUGCUGAGAAUCCGAAAUCAACUGAUACCUCUCCAACAAGAAGAUCCACUAGCUCCAACCCAGCAGAUGAGAAUGAUGAUCAAGCAGAUGAGUCACAAGAAGCUGGUGAUGAAACCAAGGUAGAAGAGGAAGUUUCACGUGCAGUAGAGGAGCCAGAAGCAAAGCAAGAGGAAACAGAGGAGCAAGAUGACUCUGUUAUAGACACAAGUGGAGCAACUUUCACCUAUGAACAGCUGAGAGCUAAAUCUGAAAACCCAGUGACUGGAAUCGAUUUCAAACGCAGAGAGGCUUAUCUAUCUGAGGAAGAGUUUCAAAGUGUGUUUGGGAUGGAGAAAGAAGCAUUCAACAACUUACCUCGUUGGAAGCAAGAUCUGCUCAAGAAGAAGUUCGACUUGUUCUAGAAACUCCUACACCAAUGCAAAAAAACAUCUCAAAGAUCCUUUAUUACACACUCUGCAGUUCAGUUUAUACUGAAAAUGGUUUUUAUGUGGUCAGUCAAUUUGUGGUUGGUUGUUUGAAGAGUGUUCUUUUAUUUGUUUCUCUUCUUCAAUAUUAUUUACCUUGACUCAUUUACUUCUCUGUCAUGGGUUUGGUUUUGGACUUGGUUCUUAAUAUUUUCAUACAGCACAAUGAGGUGUUCUUGUAAUGACAAUGACAGAUUGUUUUACCCGAGACAGAUUUGUGAUUGUGGGUAAGAUAAUUCUUUGGUUUGGAUCUUCCAUUGUUGUGAUAUUUAAAGAACAUGUUUAUUUGAUGCUGAAGCUUUAUGCAUAUGUUUAUAAGUGGUUUGGUUUGUG